AUGGAACCCGAUCCCUCGGUGACACUACUGAACUACUUCUGCAAACUGGGUUUCCCCAAAGCGCAGGUCCAAGCCGCUCUGGAGAAGUACGGCCCCGACACGGACACGGAUACGGUUUUAGCAGAGCUGGUUCGGAUGAACGCCGACGCCAGGUCUGGAACGGAGCCCGUCACCACCGUGUCGGUGUUGCUUACCAACCCCUGGACCGCCGAGCCCACCGUGACUUUGCCGCUGGCUCAGAGGGGCGAGGAGGGCGGCGGGGAUAAAGACGUUUUGAGGCCAAUCGUCAUAGAUGGGAGUAACGUGGCUAUGAGCCACGGAAACAAAGAAGUAUUCUCUUGUAAGGGAAUACAGUUGGCCGUGGACUUCUUCCUGGAUCGAGGCCACACAGCCAUCACUGUUUUUGUUCCUUCUUGGAGGAAAGAGCAGCCCAGACCCAAUGUACCAAUCUCAGAUCAGAAGAUUUUGGAAGUUUUGGAAAAGAAGAAGUACCUGACGUUCACGCCGUCGCGCUGGGUGGACAAUAAACGGGUGGUGUGCAACGACGACAAGUUCAUCGUAGAGCUAGCCUUCGAAACGGGCGGCGUCAUCGUGUCCAACGAUAUGUACCGCGACCUGCAGGUGGACAAGCCCGAGUGGAAGCGGUGCAUCAAUGAGAGGCUGCUCAUGUACUCGUUUGUUAAUGACAGGUUCAUGGUUCCUGACGAUCCGCUCGGCCGAGACGGACCAACCUUGGAGAACUUUUUGCGUUGGAUUCCGAAGACGACGAAAAAAAUGGCUUGCCCUUAUGGGAAGAAAUGCACCUUCGGACUCAAAUGUAAAUACUUCCAUCCCGAGCGAGCUUAUCAGCCCAACUGCUUGCUCGCCGACAGUCUUCGAGAGGAAGCAAAGCGCUCCUCCGCGGCUUCUGACUCCUCCAGAAGUCUGGUCGGUGUCCAAAACUUUGUUCAGGUGGAAGAGGCGAGGAAAUUGUCGCUGGAACUUGAGAAAAGCUCCUUAAAGAAAGACAAAGUGAGUCCCUGCUCCAAGCAGAAGAAGAAGAACAACUCUGGCAAGAACAGUCUGUCAUCUUCAGAGCAUGGUUCCUAUAAACAGCUAGACUCUGGUGUGUGUUCUAUGGAAACCCCAUCGUCAGAACACCACCACGGAAGCCUCAGGCGAGCGGAGCCAGCCGACGCGGCCUAUCGGGAGAAGAGAAAUGCGGCGCGCAAGAAGUUGCUAGCCACCUUCAGCGCUAAAGUUGUGGACGCGGCCAUGAGCAUGUACCCGAAACUGGUGGACCCCGUCAAGUUGGCGGAGAAUAUUUGGCUAGCGAGUCACAAUAAGAUUUAA